AUGUCCGCAAAAGUAAUGCGAGGUUUUGUGGAGAGAAUAUCUCAGGUCAUGGGCGGUACUUGUCCACAUCAUUGCCAUGACCCGAGUCCCAUAGCUGUGGCAAAAUUCAGUGGAGGAGUCCCCUCCACGGACUAUGCAUUUGAGAUGAUCUGCUCAACAAUUCGGUUCGGAAAAGGUGUCACCGCCGAAGUGGGCUAUGAUGUGAGACAGCUCGGUUCAAAGCAUACACUAAUUGUUACGGAUAAAAAUGUGGUAAACACAAAAGCAUUCGAAAGCGUCUCGCGGUCUUUGCAAACAUUGGGAAUGAAGUUCACAGUUUAUGACGACGUACUUAUCGAGCCAACGGACGAAAGUAUGCUGAAAGCAGUAGCAUAUGCCCGUAAUGCCGGUUGUGAUUCGUUUGUUGCUGUAGGAGGUGGAUCUGUUAUCGACACUACUAAGGCUGCAGCUCUAUACUGCUCAAAUCCAGAAGCGGAUUUCUACGAUUAUGUUUGUCCACCAUUCGGACAGAAUCUGGUUCCGAAAAAUCCUAUGCUACCUUUGAUCGCUGUUCCAACUACGGCUGGAACCGGGAGUGAAACGACAGGUGCUGCCAUAAUGGAUCUGCCUAAACACGAGUGCAAAUCGGGCAUUCGACAGCGAUGUAUCAAACCGAUAUUGGCCAUAGUUGAUCCAGAUAACAUCAAAAGUAUGCCUCGAAAUGUGGCCAUUUACUCCGGUUUUGAUGUGUUGUGCCAUGCACUGGAAAGCUAUACAGCUCUUCCUUACAACAAGAGAGUUCCGCGACCAUCUCGUCCAGAUCUUCGACCACUCUAUCAAGGUUCCAAUCCAAUCAGCGACGUCUGGAGUUUA